AUGCCCGUGCUCUACACUGACACGACACGCCUGCCCUCGCGGCUCCGAACCCCGUACUCCUCUGUCACGCCAAUAUCCUUCACCCGUUGCGCCCAACCCGUCUCACCGUGCGCGCGUGCAGGUCUGGCGGAGCUGGUGGCGAUGGACGCGCGCUUCAAGCCGUUUCUCAGCACGCUCUUCUCGCCCGCCACCCUGCAGACGGAUCGCGACGACGAGCCGCCCGACGUGGUGGCGGCGCUGGACCGGUCGAUCGACGCGUUCCUCAUGCUGCUCUCCGACGCGCUGCUGCUGCCCGCCAGCCACAAGCCGCUCGAAUACCUCAUCCGCAAGUACCGGGUGCAGCAGUGCAACGUGGACUCGCUGGUGCUGGCGGCGCUGCCGUACCACGAGACGAGCCUCUUCGUGCGCAUCGUGCAGCUGCUCUCCCUCAACCGCAUCACACCCGCUGCUCUCCCUCAAGUAAGCCGCAUCACGCCCGCUGCUCUCCCUCAAGUAAGCCGCAUCACGCCCGCUGCUACCCCUCAAGUAAGCCGCAUCACGCCCGCUGCUCUCGUGCUCCACGAAUCCACUGACCAGGCCCAUGCAGCCAAUGCCGCGGAGAAGGCGGCUACCUGUGUGGUCCGGGACAGCCCUGCAUCCGCGUCUCCCCCCACGGCGCCUGCAGCGCCCGCCAUGCGGCUGCUGACCUUCACGAGCGUGCUGCUGCUGGAGGCGCUGGCUGCCAUGCGCGUGUCCGUGGACGCACUCUCCCACCUGCUGCCCUUCAUCCUCAACGGCCUUCAGCCCUCCGCCGUGCAUGAGCACAGGGUAUUCCUGCUGCCUCUGUCCCCCCUCACUGUGCACCUCCUCUCCCCACCAUGCCAUGCUGCUCUCAACCCAGAAUGCCAACUGGCGGCCAUGAUGCUGGUGUCGCAGCUGGCCAACCGCUCGCAGCUCUCCACGCAGGUCGUCAACUCCCUCCUCGUCGCCCUCCUCUCUCCCACCGCUGCCGCUGCCUGUGCUGCCCCCACUGCGCGCGGCAUGAGAGCACCACCGACCGCCAUCUCCAUGGACGCCUUCCUCGUGGUCGUGCACCUCUCUGCGGUCAGUGCCCUCGCUCAUCUUCUCUCCCAUCCCCUCUCCUGUGCCCCUCAUCUCAUCCCAUGGGGGCUCUUGUCUCAGUCUGCUCGACUUAUUCAACAACCUCAUUCAUUCUCAAGUGCUCUUCAUCCUUCCUGCCCUCAGAAGCCGCUCUCCCUCGCUGUGCCUCCUCAACGCCCAUGGGUACGCUGCAGGCACUUUGUGGAUGUGCUGAGCACGGCGGCACACAAGUUCAACACGGCCAAGAUUCUCAACCUGCUGGCUGACACACUGCUGCCCAAGAUUGCAACAUCGCAGGCGGCGGCGGAUGUGCUGCUGGCCAUGCUGCGCCAGCUGCCGCGUGCAGCACUCUCCCCUCUCGUGCCUCGCCUCGCCCUCUCCCUGCUGCGCUUUGCCGUCGGCAAGGGCCUGCCACAGGGGGCACCUGUGGUGCUCUCCUCCCUGCAACCUCGCAUCCAGCCGCUACUGCUGGCCCUCUCCCUCAAGUUCACCUCACCCACUGAUGCUGCCAUCGCUGCAGUCUUAGAGUGGCAAGUGCGGAAGGCAGCAGUGGAGCAGCUGCCAGCGCUCAUGGCGGCAGCAGGGAAGCACACGGACACGGACGAGGCGGCUCAAGGCGAGGUGCAGUCAUUUGUGUCAUCUGCGCUGCAGCGUCGACUGGCAGACGACAGCUGGGAAGUGCUGCACGCUGCUGUCACCUCUCCGCUCCUCCCACGUGCCCUUUCUGCAUCUCUACUCUUCGCACCUCUCAAAGCCAUUCUCCUCCGCCGCCUGCCGCCUGCCUCCGAGCCUCUGCCUGCUCACAUCAAGGAGUGUCAGAGCACUGCCCUUCACCUCCUGCGCACGGCUGUCAUGGGGCCAGCGCUCAAAACACAUCCGGGGGAAGGCCAGGGGCAGGGGAGCGAGGAGAAGGAGGAAUGGGGAGCGGGAGGUUUGGCGCAGGGGGUGGCGGAGGAGGUGAUGCCACAUGUGCUGCUGUCUGCUCUCAUGCCCUCUCAGGUGACAAUCCCCUUCCCCUGCCACAACUCCGCUCUCUGUCCCCCUGCCAUGCAACUCAUGUUCUCUGCUUCUCCCUACUGUCCGGCCAGUCCCCUCGCCAACCCGCAGAUGCUGCACGAGGCUCUUCUCAUGGCACAGCAGCUCGCGCCUCACUUCCCCCUCUUCCUCCACCUCCCCUCCCCUUCACUCGCUUCCCUCUCCUUGCCCUCUUUCUCCGCCUCCGAUGCCCUCUCUCUCGUAACCUUCGCCCUUGCUGUUGCCAUCACACCACCUUCCCUCUGCUCCGCACAACGAUCUGCCUCAAAAGACAUGUGGCGCACUGCCAUUCGCUUCAGCCGCUCUGCUUUUGCUUCAUCCUCUCCUGCUGGGCGACAGCUGUUGCUGCUUGCACUUCUUGGAGCAGCACACAGCCUCCCUGCCACGUCAGCCUCGCUGGAAUCAGCACUGCAAUCACGUGAAAAUGUUGCUGUGGCAGGGAGCACGGAGCUCCAAGAGGCGAAGGAAGGAGGAGUUAUGGAAUUUGCGGAGGAGGUGGUGGGGCUGGUGCAGGAUGCGUGGAAGGCAGUGGUGGCGCAGGCAGUGCAUGGGAGUGGAGGGGAGGGGGAGAAGCGACGCAAGGGUGCUGCCUCUGUCCACCUGGAUGCCCUGCUCUCCUCUCUUGCUCAGGCCGCAUUCUCAGCAGCUCCGGACGUGCACGCCAAGAUCUUCACACUGCUCUCCACACUCCCCGCCUCCUCCAUCGACUCCCUCAGCCUUUCAGCCGACCUUACCGUCUCAUGCCUCUCAUCCCUUUUGAGGAAGCUUCCAGGAGCCACUCGGAUAAGUGAUAGUGUGUCAGGACCACGUAAGCAGCAAGGUGUUGUGGCAGGGCGCGUGUUUGAGCUGUUGAUGGGCACAGCAAGUCCCAAGGCAGCUGCUCUGGCUGCAGCACGCAUUGCCGGAGCAGUGCAAGGGAGGGCAAAGACGCAGGGGGGAAAGAGCGAUGGUGAGGGAGGCGGACGAGUGGAAUAUCAAGAGGCCAUGUUGGAGGCUGUGAGGGACAUGGGUCUACGUGCAGGGGAAACGGCAGGAGGGGAAGAGGGCAGCACGGGGCAGCAAGGCAUAGCUUCUCUGCUGCAGCUGCUGCUGGCACGCUUCACCACUCGAGCCUCCCUCCUCACCUUUUUGGACCCCUUCCUCCUGCCCUCACCCUCGCGCGUGUCUCACUCACCCUCCCUCCAACUAGCAGCGCUCUCCCUCCUCCCUGCUGUAGCUGCUGCUGCAGUGCCAGGGGACGCCAAGGCCAAUGAGGAGCUGCCACAUGUGCUUCUGGGAGCGCUGUUGCGCCUUAUGGUGGCGGUGCAGAGCCCUCACAAGCCCGUUCGCAAGGCAGCUCUCCACGCAUUCGCGACCCUAACGCAGGCGACCGCCACUCUCCCCAGUUCCUCGUCCACCCUGCCCUCUCCCUCCUCUCUUUCGCUCCUUGCAUACACUUUCUCAUCCUCCAAGGAUGCUCUCCUCUCGGACCCCUCCCUACCGCUUGCCCUCUCCUCCUCCUCCUCCUCCUCCACUGUUGCCCUCUCCCUGCCCGCCUUCACACGUGCUGCAUCCUCUACCACCAUCCCUUCCAAACCCUGCCAAGCUGCUGCUCUGCUCAUUCGUCUGCUGGACCCCUCAUGUGCUGCGUCCACUGGUUCCAGCUUGACUCCCUCUGACCGUACCGUCCUGCUCUCAGCUCUCUUCAAUGCUGCCAUCAGCCUUCCUCCAUGGCCUCAGGCCCUGGCUCUCCACAUGCUCGCAGCAAUUCCAGCAGCCACCGCUCUCCUCCCGCUGGGCCUACUGCUGCCUCGCCUGCACGAGCUGCUCUCUCGCCGCCUGCAUUACCACCUGCAGCUGGCGCAAGGUGCUGCUGGGCCGCCACUGCCACACAAGCCAGCAUCAGUGGACCCAGCAGCACGGCUGGGGGGAAGGCUGGAACUGGAUGAGGUGCACCUGCUGGCUGUGGGCUUGCAGGCUGCUGGCAUGUGCUUGUUGAUUCUCAGCUUCCCUAGCGCGAAACGUAUUCUCUCCCACUGUACCUUGCAGCUUGUAGCUGCGGCCGCAUCAGGAGGUGGGCAGGAAGGGGUUCUGGCAGAAGCAGAUGUGGACGAGGAGAUGAGGGAGGAGGGAGGUGAAGGAGAGGAGAGUGCAAAACAUGGGAAGGAGAAAGCGCAGCACACAGCAGGGAAAGGAGUUGCCGCUGUUGACGUUGCACCUCUGCUGCUCAUGGCAAUGCAGGUUCAGGGUGCCAUGUCAGCUGAUGACGUGGCAGUGGAGGCCCCAUCCAUCACGGCAGCAGGUGUGGUCACAGAUGACUUCUUGGAGGCACUGCCAGACACCUACCAGGAUGGGCUCGUGGCGAGUCUGCUCUUCCUCAUGGCAGCAUCUGAGGCCUCGCCUGCAGCGCGCCAGGCAGCCAAGGAGGCACUCCGGCGCCUCAAGCUGAGCCCAACCAUGCUUGCGCGCCUCGUCACGGCCCUCUUCUCUCCACCAUCGGUGUCUCACGGCGCCCCUCAGGCGACCAGCUCCAACACGCCAGACAUAGGUGGCUAUGUGCCACUGUCUGACUCGCUGCCCGUGGAACGACGUGUGGCUACCGCAACUGGUCUGCUGGAGAUGCUGCUGUGGAAGGAGGACGUCACAGCACAGCAGACCAUCCAACUAUUCCCGUCGCUGGCCACGACCAUUAGCUCUGUUCUCUCCCACCGCUGGCCGAUGCUACCAGCACCCAACUCCAAUGAUGCAGAGGAAGAGGGGGGAGAGCAGGGUGGGCAGCAGGCAGAGGAUGGAGAGGGCGAUGUGGCUGGGAGUGAGGUUGCAAUGAGCGCCCAGAUGCUAGGAGCCGUUGAAUUCGUGCUGCAGCUGGUGCUGACGGUGGCGCGCAACGCCCUCUCCUCACACACACACAUGCAGGAGGGACAGGACGAGGCAAUGGAGAGUGAGGGGGAGGAGGAUGAAGAGGGCAUGGAGCAUGGGGAGGAGGAGUGUGUGGUGCACAUGGUGGGGGCGGCAGUGGAGGUGGUGAAGGGGCGGAGGGAUCCUGCCACUGCGAGUGCAGCCAUAGCAGUGCUGGCAGCUGCUGCAGAAAGGCAGCCAGAGGAGGUGGUGGAGCACGUGGUGGCAGUGCUCUCUGUUGCCACCACUACCACCCUCGCCCUCGUGUGUUCCUCCCCUGCACCUUCACUCGCUCGCUCCUCCUUGUUCCCAUCAGCAGCACUCCUUCCUCUUUGCUUCUGGCCUUGCUGCCUUUUGUUCCCCUUUUUGUGGCACUCCUCUUCGUUUUCGCUCUUUCUCUGUGUGGACAUUCGGGAGUCACACGACGCCAUCCACCGACUCGUGGAGGCAGUGCUUCCUGCAUGGCUGCACCACAACCAAGAUGUCACUCCCCUGCUUCAGAUGGUCGUGUCAUCCCUGCCCUCCAUGCUUCAUCACCACCGCAUCGCCCUCCUCACGGCUCUCCUCAGCUCUCCUGCUCCUCUUUUCCUUGUAAAUCCUGUGUCUUCUUGGUACUUCCCAAUACCCCACGCUCUCCCUCCCUCUUGCCACCACAGAGGUGUCUCUCCAUCGUUGGGCCUAGCUCCGCUUCUGCUGCUACUGCUAACCACCACAGGCGUCACACCCUCCCUUCUCACAGCACGUGCCGACAAUUCCAAAGAUACCCCUCGCUCUGCGCGGGCGCGCAGGCAGGCAGCGCUGCAGCAGCACGCAUACUGGAGGCGGCGGGGUGACAGCACAGGCGAUGAGAAGCAAGGCGAGUGGGGGCUCAGCCUGGCAUUUGAGCUCUGUUCGCAGGUUCCAGGAAGCAUCCGACUCGAGGCGUAUGUGAAACUCUUGGAAGCCACGUGCCCUCCAAUCAUAGCGCGACGGAAGGCGAGUGCGGCAGCAGAUGAGGCAUGUGAUUGGUGGAGUGGGACGGGUCCGAAUGACGAUGUGGUUGUGGUGAGCUUCGUGGGUGCUGAGUUGCCGGCUGCAGUGGCAGCUAUGGAGGAGGAGCUGGGGAUGGAGGGAAGUGCAGAUCCAGCAGAGGGUGGGGAGGGAGGGCUCAACAAUGAGGGUGACGCUGCAAUGGUUGACACCCAGCACCGACAGCUCUUUGUGUCUCUCCUAGAGCAUGUGGUUCUUCGCCUCCGUGCCACUGCUGCUGCUGCUGCUGCCAGUGCUGCUGUGUCCCCCCCCCUCACCACCGCAUCUUAUCCUCCUGCCCUCAAGGACAGGGCGGACUUGGUGGCUUCAGCAGCGUAUGAGCUGCUGCAGACUCUGGAUGACGUCACUCCUAGUGGUGUGUUCCUGCAAGCGGUGCAGACGCUACUGACCAACCCCAGCACUCAUAUUCGACGAAAGGUUCUUCGGCUGCUUGCCGCCCGAGUGCGGGCCUCCGCACCCCACACCCUCAUGCCGCAUGGCCGGGGCAAGGGUAGGAGCAAGCAGCGGUUGGCGCAGGCAGCUCAAGAAGAAGCGAGGGAGUAUGCAUCGGUGGCAGGACAGCUGGCGCACAUGGGCGCACUCGAGGGGGCUGACAGGUCCCUGGCAACACAAAUGGCUGCUCUGCAGACACUUGAUGCCAUCAUCAAGCGCUUCGCGUCGUUGGCUUCUGAAGAUUUCUCUCCGGCACUGGCCCCUCUUAUUCGUAUCAUCUCCGCUCACUCGUCCCCACCGCUCCUCAAUGCUGCUGCAUUGCGCUGCCUCUCCUCCCUCGCCUCCUCACUGCACCAUCUGCUGCUGCCCCACCUGCCUGUCCUCAUGCCGCCUCUAUUUGCCUCAGCUGACCGGGCCCUUGCUGCGGCAGGAAAUGGGGCGGUGGAGGAAUUUGGGGCAGAUGAGGGGGGUGCUGAGGAUGCGGAUGAGCAGAUGGAGGAGGGUGAGGGGCAUGGGAGAGCAGAGGUGGUGAGUGAGGGGGUGGCACAUGACCUGCUGGCUGCUGUGCUGCAGGCUCUGGAAGCCAUGCUGGCAGCCAUGGGUCCUCUCCUCUCUCCCUUCACUCCUCGCAUCCUCGCCUGCACCUGUCUCAGUCCCGUGCUUCUCUGCUGCCCCUCGACGUCGGUGAUGCAGCAUGCCCAAGCUGUGCGACAGCUGCUCAUUCAGAAGCUUCCUAUGCGGCUGCUUCUAGACCCUCUGGUCUCCUCCUGGUCCACGGCCACAGCUGCAGGCCCUGCACCCUCUGCUGCUCUGCUGCACAUGCUGGCUCGCGCCGCCUCCCACAUGGACCGGGCUGCUGCCUCCACCUUCCACGCCCGCAUCUUCGACUUCCUCCUCCUCCGCACCUUCGAUGUCCGCCGCGCCCCUCCCUUUCCCCCCUCCACUGACAGCUCCUCCAAUCAGCGUCUGCCAGGUGGCACACAGAUGGUCACAGCUCCUGAUGUGGAAGGAGCAUCAGUGGCGGCAAUGGUGGGGCUGGUGAUGAAGACGAGUGAGAGUGUGUUCAAGCCCAUGUUUGUGCGCGUGCUUGAGUGGGCCGCCAGUGAAUAUGCUGCUAAUGGUGAUGCCAUUUCGCCAGCAGGCAGAGUGGAGCGACACCUCACUCUCUUCGGUCUCGUCAACGUGCUCUCUGACAAGCUCAGGUCGGUGUUCGUGCCAUACUUCCAGUACCUCUUUGACAUUGCUAUUCGCCACCUUGUUGGCACAAUUGAUGCUGCCAAGGGUGGAAUGAAGAAGAAGAGGCGCAAGUCAGCAAGCGUGGCAGCAGCAGCAGAGGACAGCAUUGCACAGUGGCAGCUGAGGCACCUGGUGGUGUGUGCGCUGCACAAGUGCUUCAUCUAUGACUCCAACGCUGCCUUCUUGGAUGCAACACGCUUCCAGGCUCUCUUGGAGCCCCUCAUAUCUCAAAUCGACAGAGAGCCUCCAGCUGGGGUGGCUUCCAUUGUUUCUGCUCCGUCUGCUCCAGAAGCUGUCUCAGCGGCUUCUCAGCUUUCAGAGGCACACCUAAUGCUGGAGCCCUACAUUGCAGUGUCUGUCCCAAGCAUCAGCGCCGUGGAUGAUGAGCUCGUGACAUGCCUUGGUGAAAUGACCAUUGCAGGGGGUUCUGAUAUCCUCUGGAAGCAGCUCAACCACCAGGUUCUGAUGUGCACUAGGAGUGAGCGGGUGCGGUCGCGUCAGCUGUCUCUGCGUGUUGUCAACGAGAUUGUGGAUCGGGUUCGCGAAGAGUACGUGGUGCUGCUGCCCGAAUCUAUUCCCUUCUUGGCGGAGCUGCUGGAAGAUUCAGACGCCAAUGUGGCCGAGAGUGCAAAAAGCCUGGUGAAGAAACUGGAGGAGCUCAGUGGUGAAGAACUCACCCAGUACUUCUAG